AUGAGUACAAGACCUAUUGUGCGCUUCGCCAAAACACCCCUGGCAAGGGGGCUCACCACUUCUGCCCCGGCGUUCGCGCCCAAGAAAGCUACCGCUGCCACUGCCAAAGCAAAGCAAGGUUUCGCCAAGAAGAAGAAGGCGGAUGCCCCUUCGUCCAGUGGUGGAAAGCAGACUAUUGCUUUGAGAUAUAGCAUGGCGGGGACACCUCCAGACCUUUCGGACCUUCCCAGAUUGCAGCCUGGUACAUUCAGAAAAGACACUGUAGGAAAAGCGACAACCCUUUCCAAGCAGUCGUUCGACAAGCUCAAGGCUAUUGGUUUACCGACAAAGAUCGACAAGGAGCUUUCUUCGGCUGGUGGACCUGCGAGUGUGGUCAGAGAGGCUACUCUGGACGUGGUGAAAAGGGUCGAGAGUGCCAAGAAUGGAAAUAGCAAGGACUCUCGGUUUAUCCUCACUGGUGAAAAGGGCAGUGGGAAGAGUAUGCUCCUCGUGCAAAGUGUCGUAUACGCUCUCGAGACCGACUGGAUCGUUCUUUAUCAACCCCGGGCCUCCAAAUGGACCAACUCUACAUCACACUACAUCUAUGAUCCAUCAACAAAGACCUACUCUCAAUGGGAGUCUGCUCAGGACAUUCUCAACGUUCUUGUCGAGACCAACAAAGACAAGCUCGAUACUAUCAAGUUGGAUAAGACUGUGGAACUUGCAAAGGGAAAGGAGAUCAAGCAGGGCAGUAGCUUGACAGAGUUGGCGCAGCUUGGUGCCAAGGAUGAUAGAGUAGCGGUCGCUGCGUUUGAGGCGGUGAUUGGCGUUCUGGAAAAGCAAACUCGAUUCCCCGUGCUUUGGGCUAUUGAUGAAGCACAAUCCCUGUUCAACACUUCCAAGUACCGAACAGCCGAGUACACCCCUCUUGAACCAUACCACCUUUCGACCCCCCGACUUGUCCUCGAUUUUAUUGCCGGUCGUCGAGCAUUCGCCCGUGGUUCUAUCCUCACCUCUCUGUCCCUUUCCGACCCCACCAACCUCCCAUCCCCAUCACUCUCCACCGCCCUCUCCCUCCCCACAACACAGCCCAUCACCCCUUACACCCCCAUCAACCCUUACCACCUCGCCCACGCCCACGGGCUCACACCCAUCGUCGUUCCUCAUGGCAUGAGCGCUGAAGAAGCCAAGGGUCUGUUUGAGAUCUAUACCAAAAAGGGGUGGGCUGUUGGUGCGUCGGAUGAGUUGUUUGUGGAGGGCUUUGUGGGGACGCAGGGUAACCCGAAGGAGAUGGGCAAGGGAUGGGAGAAGACUUUUAUGGCGCUUACCAUCUAG